ACGAGUGGGCUUUCUUCAAUUUCGGUUAAAACAUUUUUUUCUUUCCUCUUUCUUCUUUUUCUUUACGAAAAACAAACCACCGCUCUGAACACAAAAUUUCUCCGUCGUUUCUUCUCCGUUCUCUGGUCAAUUCCGAUUCCUCUGAGAGAGAGAGAGAGAGAUUUUUUUUGUGUUUGCGAGUUCCGCGUGAAUUACAUGGAAUUGUUGGCGGCGAUGGACUCGCGUUCUUCUCUCCAUCAUCUUCAUCGUUCUAUUGCUCGCGUUGACCUUCUAGCCGGUGUUCGAAUGAAACGAUUCCCCAUGAGUCCUGUUCCGAGUAUGCCUCGAAUAUGUGGAAACAAUUUGUGCUGAUUUGACUCUUUACUUGUUCCCUUUUGGUUUGAUUUUUUUUUUCCUUUGCAUCUGAAUUUCGAGAUCCAAUCGAAGCUGUGAUACUCGUAGCUGGAAUUGUGUAGUAUUUUUCUAGGUCAUUGAUCUCUGCUGGUGAACAAUUUGUUCGUUACGGGUUUAGUAGAUUGUGUUAGUGUAAUUGUGACUUGUUAGGGUUUGUUUCGACCUCUGAAACACUUAGGGUUUGAGAAUUGUGGGAUUGGGUAUUUUCUAGUUAAGUUUUUUUUUGAAUUGUGAAGUUGUUUCUCUCUGAAUGGCUGGGAAGAAAGAAUUAGGGUUACCAAAGCCUACUGUUAAUCUGAAAGAGCAAUUGGCUAGAACUACUCUGAAGAAUUUGAGGUUACAAGGUCACACGUACAUUGAGCUACGUGAGGAUGGUAAACGUUUCGUAUUCUUCUGCACUUUGUGUCUUGCUCCCUGCUACAGCGACACAAUCUUGCUUGGACACUUAAAUGGAAACCUGCACAAAGAGAGAUUGGCGUGUGCCAGAAUCACACUUCUUGGCACGAAUCCUUGGCCUUUCAGUGAUGGUGUCCUUUUCUUUGAUAGUUCAACCGGAGAUGAUGUAGAAGAAGAGAAACCUCCAAUCUCCGGUGGUGAAGAUGUUCCCGGUCAGUUGCAGCACUGCGGUGAAGAUGAAAGAUUUGCUAUUGUCAAGUAUGAUAACAACAGAACAAAUGGAGAUAACCAGCCUGCUGCGGUUCCUGAUGAUGAACCUAAUCAUUGUGCAGAUAAUCUGUUAAUUUCUGGUGUGCUGAUCAAGGAGAAAACUCUUGAUGUGGAAGCAAAGUUCAUUGGUUUUGGCAGAAUUGCUGCCAGGUUGUUUGAAACCAAAGGGCGCACAACUUGGAUUGAUAAACUAUGGUGCGAGUGGUUAGGAGAUGAGGGUCCUUCGGAUGAUGAGAAGGCUGUGGUCCCUGAGCAUGACUUUGCUAUCGUCACAUUCUCCUACUUCUACAAUUUGGGUAGGCUGGGCUUGCUCGAUGAUCCAAGCCGACUUCUCACAUGUAGUCAGUCAGUAGAAUCAGGGAAUGGUGAGGACAGUUGCAGGAAGAGAAAGAAGUCUUUUUCGGAUCCAGAGGACACCAGUGAAUCUCUCUGUAAUCAGUAUGACUCUUCUGAGGAGGUUUCUUCAGGUCUUAAUUCAAACUCUUCAAGAGCUCUAGUAGCUGAUUAUGAUGAUAGUUUCAUGAGCAAAAGAGUCGUGAAGAACAAAACGGUAAGACGAGAGCUGAGGAGGCAACAGCGGAUCUUUUCGGAAAGGAUAUGCGAAGUCUGUAAGCAAAAGAUGCUUCCAGGGAAAGAUGCGGCAACAAUUCUAAAUUUAAAGACAGGAAAUCUUGUGUGCGGCAGCAGAAACCUCCUUGGGGCGUUUCACCUAUUCCACGUGUCAUGUGUUGUACAUUGGUUUCUCUUCUGUGAGAGUGAAAUACUUGGGGGAAAGAUGAUGAGUGGAAAAGGAAAAAAGAGAUGCACAAAGCAUAGUGUUCAGACUGGUGUGAAGUGGAAUCAGUUGGCAAACGAUGUGAGCUGGCAAAUAUUUUCGGUUUUCUGCCCAGAAUGCCAAGGCACCGGUAUAAACAUUGAAGGAGGUGUGAUUGAAAGAGACACGUUUCCACUUUCUCAGACAUGGAGGUUCCAGGUGAAAGUGAGCGAAGGUAGAAAAGCAUGGGUGAAAAAUCCGGAGAGGUUGGAGAAUUGCUCAACAGGUUUUCAUUUUCCGCAGCAGCCUGAUGAGUCUGGUCAGGUUCGGGUGCAGGAGGAGAGAGUGCAAAUGAUGAAAAUGGUUCGUUUCUACCGAGUGGAGUUGUAAUGUAGGAAACAACUCAUGUAAAUAAGGGCUUCGUCUCGCAUUUUACAGUUUCUCUGUAAAUUUACAUUUUACUUUGGUUACUACUAUCUGAUUGAUUACUUUGAAGCCCAAUUCACUCUUUUGUCUCGCCU